AACGGAAAGCGAAAGUGAGGUACACCACAGGAAUAAAAACAGUUUUGCUCAUAUUGCACAGAACUCUCAGUCACAGUGACUCUCAGUCAUGGGGAGCGCACAACAGCGGAACUUGUUCUAUCUGAGUAUCGCCUUACUUUCUAUCUCAUCUCGUGCUGCUGCAGAUAGUCAAGUCAGAUUAGUUGACUUUAUUCUGUGCUCUGGAAGAGUUGAAAGAUACCACAAUAACUCCUGGAGAACAGUCUGUGAUGUUAACUGGGACUUUAAUGAAGCUACUAAGGUUUGUACAGAGCUGGGCUGUGGGACGGCAGUGAGCGCCACUCAAGAAUUUGGAGUACACAACUGUCGACACACCAAGGACGCCAGUGUUAUCUGUUCAGCCUCAGUGAUCCUUCUGGUCUUCUUGGGAGCCUUUGGGACCCUACUCUCCAUCCUGUUGGUUUUCUUGGCGGUCUGGUUGGUCCGCAGGAGACAACGACAACAAGUCAAGCAGACUAAAGCAUCCAUUCAAUCUCAGAGUCUGAGCUCACCAAACCGUUUUUUUUCAGUUGCUUAUCGAUUGAAGCAAAAGGAAAAAGAAGAGGAGGAGGACGACGACUAUGUGAAUGUGUCACUUGACACCAACCAGUCCCAGAAAGAGCAGGAUAUUAAUGUGGAGGAACAGGACGAUCAAGUGUCCUACGAGAAUGUUGAGAAGCAGUGUCCUGAGUCUCCUGAGGGUCCUGUGGGUCCUGUGGGUCCUGAGGAUCCUGAGCGUCCUGAGGAUCCCGAGGGUCCCGAUUAUGUGGUGGUGAUCCCUGGAGACGAACACGUCUACGAGGUUUCGGACUGCACGAUGAACGCCCAAGAGAAACAUGUAGAUGACAACCAAACCAGCAAUGAUGACUACGAAAAUGUGUCAAACAAUUAGCUUCGAACAGAAUAUCGAGAAAGCUUACCAGCUCUAUCAUUUCCCUCAUUUGAUUUUAAGUAAAAACGACAACUUGAUGUCCCAGGCUGAUGUCCCAGACUGUCACAGUUGUGUAUGUAGUUGCGGUAACCCACCAUUCCUUUCGGGUCACCUGUCUCUCUAAGUCCUCUGUAAGUGUCAGCGUUGUGUGUUGGAUCUUGCAAUAAGUGCCAACGCUGCUGGCAGUGUUUUCUUGCUGUAAAUGGGGAGUUUCCUUCGUAUCUUAAUAAAUUGUGUUAAAUGACA